AUGGCCCAAAACAAGAUUCUCUAUUCUGCAAAGCUCGACAAGAACACGCAAAGAUCAGCCUACUUGGAGACAAACAAGAGAACCGUCAAAUCAAACAUCAUGCUGAAGUUUGUGACGAAGGCGAUGGAUAUCAAGCUUCGAGGUGAAGCCGAUUUCACGACUACUCUUGAAGAUCCGAUCGAACUCUUGAAACGUAUUGAACGAUUCAUGAAGAAGAGUGCUGAUGCUGAGUAUGAUUUCUUGGAUUUCUGGGAAGCGAAUCAAAAGUUCUUUGCUAUGAAGCAAGGAACAACGGAAAACUUGAUGCAUUUCAAGGAACGAUUCUUGAGACAGGCUGAAGUCCUGCAAGAUCUAUAUGGCGUGGCCUGGUUCCGAGAUUUUCCACUCAAGACGAAAGCGUAUGCUGCUAUUGCUAGCACUGAUACUGCUGCUCAAAACAAGUUCAAGGAUGAUAUCUUUGAAGCCGUCCUUGCAACACGAUUUCUAUGCAACAGCAAUCGAACGGGAACAGCUCCUCUGAUGCUGGAUCUUCAGAUGAACUAUUGCAGAGAAGUGGAUUAUUAUCCAAAGACGGUCAGCAAAGCCCAAGAUAUGUUGAAGAUUCACAUGGAAGUGAGUAAAAAUCCGGGAGUGAACCUCUACCAAGGAAAAGACCAACCUAAUAAAGGUAAAGCCAAAGGAAAAGGAAAGGGAAAACCGAAGGAUGGAAAGAAGGCAGCAUGUUAUGUAUGUGGCAACGAAGACAAUAUGUCUCCAAAAUGCCCAGACAGACUGCUACCAAAGACCCAAUGGAAGAAUCAGGAUCAAUAUGUUAACUAUGGGAAGAAGCUCAAUCGUAAUCAGAUUGGAGCAACUGUCCCAGCUACUGUUCCAGCUAUAGUUCCUGGAGCUUCAGCAUCCACAAGUGGAGCAUCAAGUGUUGCGGGAAGCGUUAACACACCUUUGCAACUUGCUGGUACUACAGGUAAUCAAAUGAUGCAAGUUCCUUCUGGAAUGCAGAUCAUGCAGAUUCCAACUCAAGGUGGCGGCACUGUUACUGUCCCUUAUUCUAUGAAUGCUAACGGUGAGAUUGCGUUCAGUGGAAUGCAACUCAGCCGACAAGGCUUCAGUAGAGCUCAAGUGCGCCAAGGAUUCUAUGCAACUCAAGCUCAAUCUCCGCAAGCUGUGAAAACUGGAUAUUUUGAUAUGUCAAAUGUCUUUCACGAUGCUAUCAAGGGAAAGGAUGAGAAUGGCAAUGAUGUCUAUCUUGUUCCAUGUCCUGCUGGUACGACAAAUGUUGAACUUCAAGCCGACUGGCACUAUGCUAGUGAAGAUGAAGAUUUGCCUGAUAUUGCUACUGAAGCGGAUCGAGGUCUGCAGUUUACUCAAAGCCGCAGAAAGGAAAGAGAUCCAUUUGGGUUGUACGAUCAUGUCAUUAUGGACAGUGGUUGUACAAACACCACCAUUUGUAAUGGUGAGCUUAUGCAUGGACUCCAUCAUGCUGAGAAAGAACUUGACAUGCACGCUAACGUGGGCAGCAGAGUUCUUGACGAAGAAGGUUUUCUAGGAAGAUUUCCGCCUCCAGUGUAUCACAAUGAAGAUGGAAUUGCCAAUGUACUUGCUAUGCGCGAGAUGAUUGCCGCGGGAUACCCCAUUACUAUGGAUACUGAUGCUGACAAUGCUUUUAUUGUGCAUUGUGAUGGAAACAGAAAGAUGCGAUUUGUGAAUGGUAAGGGUGUGUAUGUGUUGGAGCAACAUGGAGCAAAUGUCGAACCAGGUGCCAAAGCGACAAGUGCGAUGUACCGUCGCCAGUUAAGCAACUUAAAUAAUCAACCCCAUUUCGAACUUUCUUCAAACAGACAGAAUGGAUAUGCUGGACUUGAGAUGGCCUCCUCGAUGGCAACCGUUUGA